AUGGCGAACGACCAAUACUUUGGGAGGGCGUGCAAGACAUGUCGCCGUCGAGGACGAGGAUGUGAUCGGCGCAUGCCUUCGUGCAAUACCUGCGAAACCAAUGGCUUGAAAUGCGAGGGCUAUCUGCUGCAGUGGCCAGGCUUGGCAAGCCGCGAUCAGCUUGUGGGCAAGAGCAUCCCAGUGACGACAAAGCGACGACGGACGCGUCGAGUCCAGCAAUCGAGAAUUUCAACUCCGCCUUUGCUCAUUCCACAAUCGCCCGUUCUACAAUCGCCACAAAAUCCUCGCAAUGAUAAUGACCAGAACGACGGCCAAGACAACCGAUUCGAUGAUCUGCUUGCCCCCAUGCAGCUCCCCGUGGAGUUUUCAGAGGAUCACACUCCAUCCGAGCUCUUGAUAUGGUCCAAUGAAGCACCUUUCAUGGACAAUUCUGUUGAUUAUCUUCUCACCCCUCAUCCAAAUCUCGAUACAGCGUCUCCGCAGAAUCAUUCCCAGAUGCUUGAAGCUUCUAUGGACUUUCGCCACGCAUUGGGACCGGGGCUUGAUGAUCUGAGGAUGCCGGAUGAACUCAAAUUCAUCAUGCAGUAUCAUAUCUGUGAAGUCGUGCCAAAACUAUGUGUUGACAAUUUGUCACCUCAAAACCCUUAUCGUGAUUACAUCCUUCCUCUCGCGACCGAAGUGCCAUCAUUGCUCUACGCGUGUGCGGCCUUGGCAGCAUGCCAUUACAAUGUGCGACUCUCUACAAAGCAAUUUGAGCGGGAGUUUUUUAGAUUCAAAGGAAAGGCCAUGAAACGAUUACAGGAGGACCUAUACUCCCCAGUCCGAGCGAGUCAUCCAGGCACGUUGGCAACGAUACUCAUGCUGUGCUUGUGUGAUCUUUGUCACGGGGGCAUAUCCGACUUUCAGUCACAUUUCCAGGGGGCCAAGAAGCUUAUUGAACUACGCCACGAGCGAACGGCUGGGAGCUUUGUGGAACAAUACCUAGCAUGGCUUGAUGUUAUGGCUGCCGCUUCGCAUUCCAAGCCCACGGUAUUUUCAUCACAGGAGAUUAGCUCCCUCCUAGUCGAAUCAGGCGACCAGUGGAGCUUCGAUGUAAUACCAUGUCCGUCGGAUCAAUUUGAAAUUAUUUGUGAGAUUGUCGCAUUGUAUAAAAGUCAGCUGGAUGCCGCGAACCCUUCAACCGAGACAUCGAACCAGGUCCAGGAUAUCAAGCAACGCUUGUUACAAAAGCCAGUCCAUUGUGAUAGGGGUCAGAACUGGCUUCAUGUGACAGAAGCAUAUCGUUUUGCCAUUAUUCUUUACUUACUCCGAGUAUUCUGUUGCAAUAUCGACGAGUUUGAGCUAGAUUGGCUUGUCAGCAGCGUGCUCUACCAUGCGAGAGCCACACCGCCUGCCUCAGGAUGGUCGGAUCAGUUGUUAUGGCCCUUGUUUCAUGCUGGCUUGGAAGUCAAAGACGCCAGACGUCAGGAAUGGAUUCGAGAACGAGCUCGUUGUAUGCAGAGCUCGGGGGGAUUUGGCAACGUAAAAAGCGCAAUUGCGCUAUUAGAGGACGUUUGGAGGGGAAAACGGCCAUCAGAAUAUAUAAGUCUAAUGCAGGCACGUGGAAAUGGAACUGUCCUUUUUAUUUGA